AUGUCGUUGGAGCAUGUUGAACAUGUUAUCAGACCACAAAUACUGAUGAAUUAUCAUCGCGAUGUGAAAGUUGAGAAGGAUGAGAAAAGAUGCUUGAUUAUGCUUAAAGCAGAAUCGAAUGAAGAAGCAGAAGCUGACGAUGAUGCACCGCUAGAUCUUUCAAUGGGCUCAAAAAAGCAUCGAGGAAGAACUGAUUCCGGUACAGAUUCAGAUGACUCCACAGGCUUAGGCGACGAGGGACGUGGCAACGAAGGUCGAGCUUACAAGAAAAGUCUCAUGAAACGUUACUGUGAGUUUGAUUUAAGAUUGAAAGAUUGA